CUGAAGGCGCUGAAGUUGAGCGGCAGCUGAGACUCAGUCCUGUAACUGCAUGUUUUUACACUCUGUCUUUUUUUUCUCAUGAACUUUACACCAAACGUGAUGGGAGUACGACGGCUGUCGCCGUGCUGUCAGAGGAUUUGUUCUAAAGUUCCUGGAGUGUGAACAGGGAAGAGAAAUUCCUGGAAGAGACGUCUACCUGGAUCCCAGAUGUGAAAACGUUCAAGGAGGUACUUAAGAUGGCAGCUUCAGGAGCAAUCCUUCUUAUUUUCAUCACAGUCCUCGUGUCCGUGACGAGAUGCGAAGGCAGUUAUAGACUAGGAAAAGGCAGCUCUCCUCUGCUGUUUACACACCACUUCUAUAACGCUGCCAUCAAUGAGAACUCUGCCCCGCGGAUGUACAUUGAGACACAUGUGAAGAUGGGCAUUGAAGUGACAGAUCCAAGCUGGGACAUCAAAUAUAACAUCAUCUCAGGUGACGAUGACAGCUUUUUCCAAGCAGAAGCGGUCAAAGUUGGGGAUUUCUGCUUUCUCAGGAUCAAAACGCGCAGCAGUAACUCGGCUCUCCUCAACAGGGAGGUCAGGGACUCUUACACUCUCACUGUGGAAGCAAAGGAAAGCACUUCUGGCUUCCAGGCAAUGACGAAGGUCUUUGUCCAGGUGCUCGAUACCAACGACUUAAAGCCUCUUUUCUACCCGGCAUCAUACAACGUGGCCAUCAGGGAGGAUGCUCCACUAAAGUCAAGUGUCACCAAAGUUAGCGCUACAGAUGCCGACAUUGGGAGCAACGCCGAGUUUUAUUACUCUUUCACCAGCAGAGCUCAUCCGUUUGUCGUUGACCCUUUCACGGGCACAGUCAGCCUCAUCAAGAGGCUCAAUCACACUCGCACACAGCAGUACGACCUCACUGUGUUAGCAGAGGACAGGACAAAAAAGAUAUCAGGUGUUCAGAAGUUUGGGAAUGUUGCCAGGGUCACAGUAAACAUACAGAAGAUGCCUAUGGCAUCUCCAGUUAUCACACCACCCCCUGAAGCUACAGUGUCUGCAGAUGGAAAAAUAAAUAUUAAUGUCCAUGUGGAGGAAGGCGUUAAGCCAGUGGAAGCCCUUAAUAUUGUUGGAGGGGAUCCCCACAAGUGGUUUGAGGUAAUCCCCUCCGGUGUGCAGGGCAGUGACUUCCAAGUGAUCUCUACAAAGAGGAUUAUCUGGUCUCAAACUCCUUUUGGGUUGAAUCUUUCCCUGCAAGCUAAAGACAGGAGCUUGCCAAGUUUGCUCUCUCCAGUCACACUAAUCCACAUUCCGGCCUAUCAUUACAGCCCGCUGGCAUUUUUGGAGGACACCUACAUUGUGACUCUGAGUGAGUUUUCACCCCCUAAGACUCACGUACUUAAGCUUUCUGUCAACUCAGGGCCCUUUAACGUUACCUUUAGCAUCAAGAACAAUCCAGACAGUUCUAGCUUUAAGAUAAAUCCUAAAACUGGGAUUAUAGUAACAACUGUGAAAUUUGACUAUGAGAGGAAAGAUCGAUAUGAGUUUGAUGUAAUGGCCAAUCACGGUGAAGCUGAGACUCACGUCGUGGUGGAGAUAAUGGAUGAAAAUGAUAACAGCCCACAGUUUACACAGACGUCCUAUCAGGCCACACUGGAUGAAAACACGCCUGUUGGCAGCAGCGUGUUGAAAGUAGCAGCUUCAGACAAAGAUAAAGGCAAAAAUGGCUUUGUGACUUACGCUAUUGCAAAUUCAGGCCCUCUGCCUUUUACAAUAGAUCCGUUCACUGGCAUCAUCUCCACCUCCGAACAUUUGGACUAUGAGCUGAUGAAACGGCGGUAUCACCUGAGAGUGUGGGCAUCUGACAGCGGCAGCCCCUUCAGUCAGGUCAGUGAAAGCCCCGUGACGAUAACUCUGAACAACAUCAACGAUAACAUCCCUCUGUUUGAGCAGGUGGGCUGCAACGUUACUGUACCUUUGGAUCUGCCUGUAGGACACACAGUUGCGGCACUGUCAGCUAUUGAUUUAGAUGAGCUGCAGCAGCUGAGGUAUGUCAUCGAGUCAGGGAAUGAGCUCCAAGUGUUCGGGAUCGACUCUGUGUCCGGAGCUAUCACUCUUAAACAACCUAUCCCCCUGCUGGCAGGUUCGUUCACUCUGAGAGUCGCAGCCACUGAUGGAAAGCAUCACUCGGAGGCGUCAGUUGUCAGGAUAACCGUUACCAACCGAGGUGAUGAUGCAACGCUGCACUGCCAGGAAACGGGCAUUGCCAAACAGAUCACGGACAAACUGAUAGAGUCAAUCAAACCCAUUUUAAUCAAUCAGGAGGAAGAUACAUUCUCAGAUAUGUACAUCACCAACCGACAUUCUCCAAAGUUUGACACAAGCAUUCCUAGUUCGAUCGAUCUCGCUGAGAACCAUCCCUUAAAUUCCACCAUUGUUCAGUUCAAAGCAACGGACAGUGACUCUGGGUUCAACAGUAAGCUUGUGUACGCCAUAUCGAGUGGAAAUGAAGAUGGCUGUUUCUCCAUUGACACAUUCUCUGGUGACCUUCAGUUAAUUUGCCCACUGGACAGAGAGAGUAAGGAGUUCUAUAUUUUGAACAUCACUGUUUACGACUUGGGGACACCACAAACUUCUGCUUGGAAAUUCAUUGCCGUCAAUGUCAUGGACGUCAAUGACAACCCACCUGUUUUCGAUCAGCCCAGGUAUGUGAUCCACGUGCCUGAAAACCAAGAGGUGGACUCGGUUAUUUUUACAGCUCGCGCAGUAGACCUGGACUCAGAUACAAGCGGUGCAGUCCAGUACUCCCUCCUGACGUCUACUGACAUGUUCACGAUUGAUAAAAUCACUGGAGAGCUGACUGUGACGGGCAGACUGGAUCGAGAAAGCUCACCCAGGCAUGAUCUCCUCAUCGAAGCGAGAGACCAGGCUAAACUCGGCCCUCAGCUGCUCUCCACUGUUGACUUGAUGGUGAUUUUGCAGGAUAUAAAUGACAACCCGCCUAAAUUUGUGCCCAAAGUGUGCAAAAUAAAAGUUCCAGAAGAUGUUCCUGUAGGCACGCUGCUCAUCUGGCUGGAGAGUGUUGACUUAGAUCUGGGCAGUGGAGGCCUCGUUACCUAUAACCUCAAAAACACAGAGAGCGGGAUCUUCCAUCUCGACUCCUCCACAGGCGCCCUCACCCUCGAGAGAGAGCUGGACUUUGAGAGGCGGCCAUCGUACAACCUCACAGUCCGAGCCGUUGACCACGGCCUCCCUCGAUCCCUGUCAUCGUCCUGCUUUGUGGAGAUUGAGGUUCUAGAUGUCAAUGAGAACCUCCACCGGCCAGUGUUCUCAGAGUUUGUCUAUGAAGCUCUGGUGAUGGAGGAUGCGGUGAUAGGGACGUCUGUAGUGACUCUGACCGCUUCAGACAAGGACCUGGGCAGAGAUGGUGUUGUCAGGUACCACAUCCAUGAUGGUUCUGGCUUAGGAGUGUUCAUCAUUGAUGAGGAAACAGGGGUGAUCCGUACGACAGAGACGCUGGACCGCGAGACAGCACCUCGUUACUGGCUGUCUGUCUAUGCCACUGAUCUGGGGACCGAGCCUCUGAUCUCCUGGACUCACGUCUACAUCGAGGUCCUGGACGUUAACGACAACGCUCCUGAACUUUCUCAGCCGAUGUAUUUCGCAUUUGUCCCAGAGAACGUGGAUAUGGUCAAGUCCAUCAUCCAGGUGUCGGCGACAGAUGUGGACACGUUGUCUGAGGGGAAGUGUUCGUUCCAGAUCCUGGAAUCUCAUCAAAUGUACUUCAACAUAGAUCCUAAGACAGGUGUUAUCAGCACCGUCUCAGCUUUGGAUCGGGAGGAUAAACCGGAGCACAGCAUUGAGGUGAUCGUGUCAGAUAACGGAUCGCCAUCUUUGAGCUCCACCGCUACCGUUGUGAUCCAGGUUCUGGAUGCCAACGACAACCGGCCGAAGUUCACGGACAAACUUUUCCACGUCAGGCUGCCCGAACGGCGUCACGACGGCAGCAAGCAGGAAGUCUGCAGGAUGGUCGCUCGUGAUGAUGAUGAGGGCCUGAACGCUGUUGUAACCUACAAGUUGCAGGACAACAGGGACGAACAGUUUGAGAUUGACCCUGUGACUGGCGUGGUCACGUCACACGGUGACUUCUGGCCCGGAAACUACAGUAUUCUCACGAUCAAAGCUACAGACCGGGGCAGCCCGUCCCGCUCGUCCACAGCUCGACUUGACAUAGAGUGGAUCGCCCACCCGCCACCUUCCCCAGAACCAAUCACAUUUGAGGAGCCCCACUUCACCUUUGCUGUGAUGGAAACAGAACCUGUCACUCACAUGGUGGGCAUCAUCAUGACAGAGCCACAUCGGCAACGGUGGUUCGAUAUCGUGGGCGGGGAUGAGGAAAAAGACUUUGACAUCCAGAGGAACACAGGAACGCUCUCUAUCGCCCGUCAGCUCGAUGCAGCCCGACGGUCCAACUACAACCUGACGGUGCAGGUCACCGACGGGCACCACAGCGCCACCACGCAGGCCUACGUCCGCGUGCUGGACAUGAAUGAGCAUCGCCCCGUCUUCCUGGAGCAGCUGUAUGAGGUGAGGGUUCCUGAGGACACCUCCCCAUGGAAGGACAUCCUGCAGAUCAGCGCUCAGGAUGCCGACACCAACAGCAAGCUGGUUUACUCCAUCCACAGCAGCCUCCAUCCGGACAGCACCAAGCUCUUCCACCUGGACCCGAAGAGCGGAGUCCUGGUGAUGACGGAGGAGCUGGACUAUGAGAAGAUCGCUGUUCAUACGCUCAUCGUCAUGGUGCGUGACCAGGAGAUACCAGUGAAGAGGAACUUUGCAAAGGUGGUGGUUCAUGUGGAGGACUGCAACGACCACUCGCCGGUUUUCCUCAGGCCCCGCUAUGAGGUCAGCAUCUCUAACUUGGCCCCCACAGGCACCGAGGUCCUCCGGGUCAAGGCACUGGACAAGGACACAGGAAUCAACGCCUACAUCAGCUACUCCCUGCACUCCGGUAACAUCGAGAAUGUUUUCACCAUAGAUCCAGAACUGGGCUCCGUAAGCGUCUCCAAACCUUUGGACCUGCAGCCUCAGGACCUGUUCCACCUGACAGUGAAGGCCAUCGAUCAGGGUUUCCCUCAGCGCAGUGACCUCUGCUCUGUCCACGUCCACGUCCGUGUCUCUGAACAAACCCCGCCCACGUUCCCCUCAGAUGAAUACCUAACAGAGAUCAGUGAGCUAAGCACCGUGGGUACUCCUGUUGUCACCGUGUCAGCCUCGAGCCCAGCUCCAGUGCAUUAUGAGCUAGAAAGUGGUAACCUGAAUGGGACAUUUUACAUAAACCCUUACACAGGAUUAAUUUCAACGCACAAGCACCUUGAUUAUGAGACCUGUGACAUGUACAAGCUGAGAGUUACAGCUUCUACCACGGCCGGCUCCUUGUCCAGGACAGUCGUUCACAUCUAUGUGAUUGAUGAGAACGAUAACCUUCCUGUGUUUGAACAGAGGGAGUACUUUGGGCAGAUAGGUGAGUCUGCUCAUAUAAACAGCAUGGUGAUGGGAGAGAGAAACACCCCCCUGGUUAUUCAGGCCUCAGAUGCAGAUCGAGAUUCAAAUUCUCUGCUGAUGUAUCAGAUCCUCGAACCAGAGGCCCUUAAAGUCUUUAGGAUAGACUCGAGCAUGGGCACCAUCUCCUUAAUUUCACCAGUGGAUUUUGAAGCCAAGGCUGAGUAUCGCUUCACGGUGCAGGUGAAGGACUCAGGGGAGCUGUCGCUGUAUGCAGCCGAGCCUGCCAAGGUCACUGUUCGUGUCCUGGACCUGAAUGACUGCCCACCACAAUUCACCACCUCUGUGUAUGAGGCAUCCAUCAUCUUCCCAGCUGUCAGAGAUGCAGAGGUGGUGCGCGUCACGGCCCAUGAUGCUGACUCUGCCGUCUCAUACAGCAUCACUGAAGGAAAUCUUCACAAUGCCUUUUCAGUUCACCCCAAUACCGGACUCAUCACUGUGAACAAUGUGUCUGACUUUAAGACAUUUUAUCAGCUGCGUGUCAAAGCCUUUGAUGGCCUCUACAGAGAUUUAGCUACUGUCAGCAUAAAUGUAACAAACCUAACAGUGAGUGACCUCCGGUUUGAGCACAAAGUGUAUUCAGCGAGUGUUUCUGAAAACUUAAAGACAGUAAAAACUUUAGCAGCGCUCAAAGUCACAGGAUCUUUUUUAAAUGAAGCUCUUUCAUACUCUGUUGUAAACCCAUCUGGCAGGUUUGCAGUCUCCCCAACAUCAGGCAUACUUGAAACCACAGGAGUCCCUUUUGACCGAGAAGAACAAGAUGUUUAUGACAUUGUGGUCAAAGCGCAAGACAUGAGAAUACCCCCAAGAACAGCCACCUCCCUUGUCAAGGUUUUUAUAGAUGAUGUCAAUGACAACUCGCCUCAGUUUCUAAACUUGCCUUUUUCAAUGAUGAUUUCUGAAGACUCAGAACCUGGAGAUGUUUUGUAUCAAGUGACUGCCAUCGACAGAGAUCUGGGAGAAAAUGGAUCUGUCAUGUACACACUGGAGGAGGACUACAACCUCUUCAGGAUAGAUCCAGAUAUGGGCGACGUGUCCCUUCAAAGACCUCUGGACUUUAAUGCCCUGAAUAAAUACACGUUGACAGUACUAGCUGUAGAUGAUGGCGAGCCCAGUCACAGCACCAUGGCUCAGCUCAGUAUUCAAGUGAGGAAUCGAACCAAUCCAGUCUUCCAGACUCUUCUGUAUCCACUCAAAGUUCCUGAAAACGUGCCCCCGUUCACCACCAUCCUGCAUGUCCAGGCGAGGAACCCGGAGGGUUACAGGCUAAUCUACAAUCUUGAAGAGGAAAAUGCCUCAAAGCACUUUCACAUUGAUUUCAAAACUGGAGUUCUGACUGUCACAAACCCCCUUGACUAUGAGAGCCAAACCAUGCAUGUGCUGACAGUCAGAGCUACUGACUCAGUGACUGGAGCUUUCUCAGAGGCCUCGAUUGAAAUAGAAGUGGAGGAUGUGAACGAUAAUACCCCAGUUUUCUCUAAGCAAAUGUACAGUGUGAAUAUUGCUGAGGGGCUCCCAGUCAACACCUCUGUGAUCCAGCUUUCUGCCUCUGAUAAAGACUCUGGUAGAAAUAAAGAUUUGACCUUCCAGAUGGUAAAAACAGAUGGGGACGAGAGCGAUUUCUUUGAAAUAAACCCUCAGACUGGGUUGAUUGUUACAAAGCAGGUGUUGGAUUAUGAAAACAGAAAGCACUUUAAUUUAAAAAUCAAAACCACGGACAAUGGGACUGGCCCUCACAGCAGUGAGGCCUUAGUGUUUGUAAAUGUCACUGAUGUCAAUGAUAACCCACCAGACUUUGACAGCUCCCGGUAUAAAGCCACACUUGAUGAAAUGGCAAAGUGUGGCCACAUUGUCAUCAAAAUCCAAGCUUCAGAUCCCGACACCGGUGACCUGAAUAACCUCAAGUACAAAAUCCUCUCAGGGAACGAAGGCCGGUAUUUCAAUAUCAACGAAUCCUCAGGGAUCAUCUCCUUUUCUAAUGUCUGCAGGAGGAAUCUGGAUCCUCACUAUAACCUGACCGUGGCAGUGUCUGACGGCGUGUUUCAGAAAACUGCACCAGUCAGUAUUGAUAUGAUAAAUAGCAACAGGCAUACUCCGUACUUCAAGCAGAGUAUCUAUGAAGCAGAGCUGGCUGAAAAUGCAGAGGCGGGAACUCGUGUGAUCCGAUUAGCAGCCAUCGACCCAGAUGAAGGACCAUACGGCAGCGUUGACUACACCAUCAUAAACAAACUUGCUGAUGAGAAAUUUGCCAUCAGCAAAGAUGGGCAGAUUGUCACAACUCUGCCACUGGACAGAGAAAACCCCUCCCAGAGGGUAAUAGCUAUCAAAGUCAUGGCUAAAGAUGGUGGCGGUAAAGUGGCGUUUUGUACUGUCAAAAUUAUCCUCACAGACGAGAACGAUAAUGUACCUCAAUUCAAAGCAUCAGAAUACCAGGUCUCAAUCCAGUCGACAGUUAAUAAAGGCUCCCCGGUCAUUCAAAUCAUAGCUUAUGAUGCAGAUGAUGGGAAAAACGCAGACGUCACCUACACAGUAGAUGAAGCUGAAGAGGUCACUGAAGACAUUAUUGUGAUAAACCCUUUCACCGGCAUUGUGAGUGUCAAAGAGAGUCUCGUGGGUUUGGAGAACAAGAUCUUCAAUUUCAAAGUCAAGGCUCGUGAUGGCAGCCUUCCUUUUUAUAACUCCACAGUACCUGUUCAGGUGAAAGUUGUUCCUCCAGAGGUUCCCCUUCCAAAGUUCUCUGAGCCUUUGUACACCUUCUCAGCUGCCGAGGACAUACCCAUAGGGACAGAAAUUGGCACUGUGAAGGCGGACUCCGACACGCCUCUCAUUUACAGCCUGGUGAACGGGAACACUGUUGAAAGCAACAAAGAUAAAGUGUUCAGCUUGGAUAAGGAAAGUGGAACUUUGUUGUUGCAAAAGAGGAUUGACCAUGAAAAGACAAAAUGGUACCAGAUAGAUGUGAUUGCCCAGGGCAACCACAACGGGACAGAUGUGGCAUCACUGGUUUCUGUCAGCAUCCAAGUCCAAGAUGUCAACGACAACCAGCCAGUGUUUGAUGCAAGUCCAUACAGAGCUUUCCUGGCUGAAAACAUGCCUGCUGGAACCACCGUUAUCCAGGUGACAGCCAAUGACCCGGACACAGACACUAACGGUGUGGUGACCUACACCUUGGAGUCACUGCCUGAUGGCACCAUGUCGGACAUCGCCGAGGUGUUCGCCAUCGACGGAGAGAGCGGUUGGAUCACCACGCUGCGGGAGACGGACUGUGAGGCAACCAGGGUGUACAGGUUCAACGUGGUCGCCACCGACCACGGCGGUGACUCAAAGCUGUCAUCCAGCGUCCUGGUGGAGGUGAUGGUGACGGACGAGAACGACAGCCCCCCAAAGUUCACCGAGGAUGUGUACCGCGGCUCGGUGGUGGAGAACAGCACGCCCUACGAACCUAUUGUGUACAUGACCACCACAGAUGCUGAUGUGUCCCUGGAGAACCGCCUCGUCACGUGUUACAUCACAGCCGGAGACCCACUGGGCCAGUUUGCCAUCGUGCAGGUGGAGGAGGGCGAGUGGGGUUUGAUUGUGAAGGAGAGUCUGGACCGAGAGGCCAGAGACAGAUACACUCUCAGAGUCACAGCCACCGACGGCAAGUUUGAGGCUCCCAUCACCGUGGACGUCCACGUGCUGGACAUCAAUGACAACAGCCCGCUGUGUGAGCAGCUAGUGUACACAGAGGUGGUGAUGGAAAACUCGCCCUCCAGCAUGUUUGUGCUCAAGGUUUCAGCAUCAGAUCCAGACGUGGGCACUAAUGGCCAGAUCUCCUACACCCUCCACGGUCCAGACGCCGACAAGUUCCAUCUCGAACACAGGACAGGUGAGCUCUUCACUCUGGCCGUGCUGGACCGUGAAAAGGAUGUCGAGGUCAACCUGGUGGCGAAGGCGACGGACGGCGGCGGUCGAUCCUGUCAGGCUGACAUCCUGCUGAUGAUCCAGGACAUGAACGACAACCCGCCACACUUCUCCUCCAGCCACUACGAGGUCACCGUGUUUGACAACACCACGGUCCACACGCCGGUCGCCAUCGUGUACGCCAAAGACCCCGACACAGGUAUCAACUCGGAGGUGAAGUACUCCCUCCUGUCCGGCGAUGACGGCUACUUCUCUCUGGACGAGUUUUCUGGGAUCCUGCGGCUAGAGCGACCUCUGACCCCCGAAACUCCACCCACCUUUGAGCUAAAGGUGAAGGCCACCGACCGGGGUCUGCCUCGUCACCUCUACUCUGUUGCUACGGUGACGGUGGAUGUGGUCUCCCUGGACGACUACCAGCCCGUCUUCCUGAGCUCUGAGUACACCGCCCAGCUCCCAGAGUCCUCAGCGGUCGGGUCCGAGGUGCUGAGCGUCUCAGCACUCACCAGAGACGGCGGCGGCCCGGAUCCCAUCGUGUACCGCAUCAUCUCCGGGAAUGAGGACGGCCGCUUCCUGCUGGACUCACGAACAGGCCUUAUGACCCUUGUUGCCCCGCUGGAUUUCGAGGUUUCCCGGGAAUACUACCUGUCUGUGGAGGGGAGCCGUGGGAAGUCCUCACUCAGUGACGUCACCACGGUUGUCAUUAAUGUGACAGACGUGAAUGACAACACGCCGGUGUUUGGGCAGGGCGACUACAGCGCUGAGGUAUCGGAGGAUCUCACGCCUGGAAGCCUGGUGAUGAAGGUAACUGCCACAGAUGAGGACGGCCCGGUCAAUAAUCUGCUGCGGUACUCGAUAGUGAGCGGUGACCUUCUGCAGCAGUUCUCUAUCCACCCUCGCAGCGGGGAAAUUACUGUCCGCACUGCGCUGGACAGAGAGGAGAUCCCUCACUACUCUCUGACGGUGCAGGCAGCUGAUGAAGGCAGCCCGCCUCUGUCGUCGGCCGUCCUCAUCACCAUCACCGUCACCGACGUCAACGACAACCCGCCCGUCUUCUCUCAGGUCAACCACAGUCUGCUGCUGCAGGAGGGCGAGUCGGUGGGCAGCAGCAUCCUCCAGCUUGUGGUGAUGGACAAGGACACUCCCAGGAACGGCCCGCCUUUCUCCUUCCACAUCGUCAGUGGGAACGAGGAGCGUCGUUUCCACGUGGACCAGGGCGGCCUGCUCUCGCUCUCAGCUCCACUCAGGAAGAAAGUGAAAGCCCACCAUCGGCUCAAGAUACAGGUGACAGACAGCGGCCACCCUCCCCUGUCUUCCAUCUGUGUGGUUAACAUCAACGUCACAGAGCAGAGCAAGUAUCCUCCCUCUGUGGUGCCCCUGGAAGUCUCCAUUACCACCUCCGGAGGGCUGUUUGCAAACCGGGUCAUUGGCAGGCUUCACGCCUCGGACCAGGACCUGCAGGACGUCCUCACCUACAAACUGGUGUCAGAAAAUCCUGCUGGGAAGCGGUUUUCCAUAGACCAGGCUGACGGCAAAAUCUGGGCAGACGAACACCUGGAGGAGGGAUCAUACGCACUCAACGUCAGCGUGAGUGAUGGAAAGUUCAGCGUCUGGACAGGGGUCAAAGUUCAUGUGUGGGUGGCUACUCAGAGAGCGCUGGACUCGGGGCUGACUCUGCAGCUCGCAGGGAUCUCACCGGAGGAGUUUCUAGGCGAUCACUGGAGGGGCCUCCAGCGCAGCCUGGGACAAGCGUUGGAUCUCCCCCGACAGGAGCUUCACCUGGCGAGCCUGCAGCAGCUGACCGAUGCCCAGCUCCUGGAGGCCCUGCUCAUCUGGAGGCCUCAGAGCGGACUCACUUGGUCCCUGCCCACUAGCAGACUCGCAGGGAUCAUAUCAGACAUCGAGGACUCUCUGGGCCUCAGAAUCAUCAGGGUGAGUCACAAUGGGUGUCUGGGCAGCGGCUGCCCGCCGCGAGGCUGCACGAAUGCUGUGCAGCUGUCAGGAGAGAGACUGAGCCAUUUCACCACCGCCAGAGCUGCUUACAUCACCCCACAGCACACCUGGGAAAGCGUCUGUCCCUGUAACGAGUCGGCGCUGAGGUUCGACAGUAAGUCCUACCUGAGGUACCUUCACCGCAUGGAUGAGGACAGCCAGGAUUUCAAACUGUCACUGAGGUUCAAGACGUUCCAGAAGCACGGCCUCAUCGUGUCCACCAACAGCAGCGCCGGCUGGGGCACUUUACAGGUGACCAGCGGAGAGCUGCACUUCAGAUACAGAUGUGGGAACACCUCCCCCGGCUCACUGCUGAUUGGCUCUCAUCAGGUGUCAGAUGGCCGGUGGCACAGCGUCUUGCUGGAGGUCAACUCCACCUCCCUGAGGCUGAUCCUGGACCAGCAGCAUCUGGCGUCCUCCGCUUUAGCUGAGCCAUGCCGGAUGAUGCGCUCCCAUGGAGCUUUGCUCUUUGCUUCUCCUCCAGAGGUCCACCAGCAUCUGCAUAAUUUCAUUGGCUGCCUGGACAGACUGGAGCUCAACGGGGAGCCAAUCAGAGUGGGUGACGUGACUGAGUGGAGGGGGUCGGGGAGCAGGAGGGUGUUUGGGGUGUACCAGUGCUGCAGCAGAGGAGGAGCCUGCGACAGCAGCCCCUGUGAGAAUGAAGGUGUCUGUGAGGAGGACGCCACCGGAGAGCCGCGCUGCAGGUGUGCGGGACUCUUCCAUGGCGCCCGGUGCGAGCUGACCGACAACCUGUGCGCCUCCCAGCCGUGCACCGACGGCAGGGUGUGCAUACCUAAGGCUCAAGGUUACAUGUGCAACUGCUCGCUGGACAACGCCAGGUGCCACAAUGACCCUGAAUCCUGUUCAUCUGAUGUGUGUCCUGGAGGGUUCAGCUGUAAAGUCACUGAUGGCACCAUCCAUUGUGAACCGCUGCCUGUGGUCGCUCCAGUGUUUGGCUACAUGGAGAUCAUGGAGAUUGGUGCCGGUGUGCUCGGAUUAGUCUUCUUGGUUGGCAUCUUUGUUUGCAUCAGGAAACGAUAUGUUCAGCAGAAGAAGAAAAAGCCGGUCUGCGUCCAGGACUCUAACGGCAGGUACUUACAGCCCAGUCUGGUCAAGAACCUCAAAGCAAACUCCCAGGAAGUCAACCUCAUCGAGAUGAGCUCGCUGGUCGGCCCCACCAACAACCUCGACCACACACCGUUCAGGUCGCUGCGUCCACACAGCCAGAUCGGUUCAUCUGGAGGGGGGUCUCCAAAGACACAGGGGCCCGUGGUGUGCAGCGUUGCUCCCAAUCUUCCUGUCAGACCGCCUUCGAGCUCUGACAACGACUCCAUCAGGAAGAACCACUGGGACCUGGACUACGAAGUCUACCCAGCUGACCCCGACUACUACGGCCGCCCGACGGUCCAGGAGUUCCCUCAGUUUGACAUUGUAGAAGACACCUACUCCACCUCCACCAUGGACUCUCGCAGGAACUCUCGCUUUGGUGGCUUCCCCUUCCCACUGGAGCGGUGCGACCGCCGCGCACCCCUGCCGCCGUGCUACAGUAACCAGAACCUGGAUGACUUCCUCGGUCCGGACGGACUUCCUCUUCCAAGCUCUCAGUGCCCCAACGAGUACACUGCCAUCAGCUACUACCCCACCCAGCACACCCGCAGCCUCGACAAUGUCACGGGCUACAAGAGACUCAGCAUGCGCCUCAGUGUCGCUAUGCCCUCGUAUGCGGAGCAGGCCAGCCCGCCACCAGCGCCGAACCAGGCCCAGCCUCAAACCCGACCUGCGGGACAGAACCCACGCAGCUGCGACGGCUCGAGCAUGGUGGAGAGCGACUACGGGAGCUGCGAGGAGGUGAUGUUUUAAGACUGUGACAUGUGACCCUCAGCAGUUCAGAUCCAUCCAAAGGCAGCUUCAUGUACUCGUACUCAAACUGCGCUCUCGCUGUCAGAUCUGAUCUGUGCCUCGCUCGGAGGCGGAUGAAUGCAGCAUGUAGAACAAUUCUUCACACACCUUUGAUUUGUUUGACUCUUUAAAGUGUUGCAGUCUUGCUGCGCCAGACUAGACGGAGUAUUUCAGGACCGCUCUCAUACCUCCGCAGAACAAGUUCAGCACAAGUUCAUCUUUUGGUGUGGGAGACGUCGCUGAGAGCGCUCGCCGACUCGUCGGGGCUGUGAAAUCAUGAACGGUAUCACCCACUCGGCUGUGCGUUGUCUGCCUCUCUGCACUCAGAACACAUCUGAUGAGCCCCACACUCACACAGCAUCAGGUGGAGCUGUGCUGAACACUGAUACAUUGGGUGUUAUGUGCUCAUAUCUGUUCAUAAGAGAACAGAAACACAGGUUUAUGAUGUGUCUAACAAUUUCAAAUGUCAGCGUAUUAAAGCACAUUUCAUGCGGGAGAAUCACGGUGUUUAUUGUUAGCAUUCAGAGGGCUGGAUCCUCGGUAAAAAAAAAAGUGAUGUGAUUUGUGACUUUGUAUUUUUAGCUGUAAAAACUCUGUAAGCAUCUCCUCGUGGAUUUUAAUGAGUGUGAAUUCAAUGACAGUAUUUUCUGUGUUCGUGUAUCGCUGCCCUCCGUGAUAAAGGGAACUCUUAAAGUGGGGGGGUCUCUGCAGCAGGAAAGAAAUGUCUAUGCAGCCAUUUUAAAUGGAUCGAACAAGCAGAAAAGCUUGUUGUGCAGAACGCAGCAUUUUUAAAAGUGACUGUUAGAAUCUGAGAGUUUGAUGUUUAGCCUGAACAUCAAUUUAUAAAAUCAGCUGUAUGACACAGAACAGCAAUAAAAGGUAACGUUUCCUUUUCCAGAAACUGAGCAGAAAUGACGUGAUCUUUGUAACUGAUCGGUUUGUUUCAUUAGGAGUCUAAAACCCAAACGUGUGUGGAGUAUUAAAAUCCCUCCUAAUAAUGUGGAAAUUCCCUCUGAGAAGGGCCAAAUUUCUUCUGAACUAAUUUAUGAUCUGAACUGGAAGAAAUUACAAAUAAAUAUUUGAAUUUAAGGAGCUUCAGUCGAAAGCUGACGUUUCUACAUUGUGAUGAAUCAACUCUCUCUUUUGAUUUCAUUGGUGAUUCACAAACCGAUGGGUUCAGAUGCAGAUGAACGUGUCUGUUUUGUGACUAAAGGAUCCACGCUGUGGUAGCCGUGCUCGUACUUUUCAGUAACUUUAAAUAACCGGACAGCCGAAGCACUUUGACAACGUAAAACUGUCCUCCCGUGAAAAACUCCCACAGGCUCACGGUGUCCCCGACACCAAAUAUUUGAAGGCUGCAGGAGAAAGAAAAUCACUCUCAGGGUGGACCUGAAGCUGAGGAGGUUAGCAAGCUCACUUUGUUGUACCAGCUGGGAGAGCUUUGAGUGUUUGUUUGAUUUUAAGAACUGAAGGACAGAUUAGAUCAGCUUAACGACGUCAGGCUUUAAAAGCUGACACAGGAAGCUGUUAUCAUUAAAGUGAGUUUUUCAGUAAGUUCCUUUAUUAGAGAAACCAGUGUAAGGGAGUGAUGAUACAGUCCAAACACCGCAGAGCCUCGGGUGGUUUGUGAAUUCCAGAGCAGAAGAUCAGAUCCUGGAGGCUGAUUGGAUUUUGCUGCUGUUUGGACAGUUUGUGUUGGAGCGCCGGGUGAAUAUGAGCACCGUGUUUACUGCUGCUUCCAAAACGUGCCGGGUUUGCAAAUGUAAAAGAAAAAAAAAAUCAAAGCCUGCAUAAACU